GCCCAUCAGUGUUUGGAAGCACAGCAGCAUUCUCACUGCAACACUCACACACACACACACACACACACACACACACUCACACACACACACGUUACACUUGGCAUUGUUACUUAUUUGCUUAGGGCCUAUUGUGUUCUGCCAGCCAGAGCUGCACUGAGCGAAAGGGAACAAAACAAUAAAGUAGAUUUAAUCUCUCUCUCUCACUCUCUCUUUAAAACCCACAACAGAAGCAUUUACUGCCCAGUUGAUCCGGAUACUCUACCCUGCACCUCCACCUCCAGAAAGAGCCUGCACACUCCUGCUGCAGUCCAGAGAAACAACACUUGACAAUCAACACCGAAGUGACCUCCAACAGCCAGGACUGUACCUGAUCCCAUAUCCUUCAAAGAAAAGGGCAACCUGACUCUGAGCACAGCGGGAAAAGGAGCGAUCACUCCCCACUGCUGAAACACAACCCAGUGGACCGAGAGACAGAGGGGCUGACGGUCGUGUGUGGUGCCCGGGAAAAGAGGCAGGAUGCUGGCUCAAAUCCUUCAAGAUAUGUGGGUGGAACCUGAGGUUCUAGAGGCCCUCAGUGAGGAGCAGAAGAGGAUCCUCUUCCUCAAGAUGAGAGAGGAGCAGGUACGCCGCUGGAAAGAGCGCGAGGAGAAGGAGGAGAGGGAAAGAGGACACAACAGGAACACCAAGUCAAAGAAAGCUUCCAGUAAACACGUGAAGUGGCUCCUCGGGCGGGAUGGUGACGUGAGCGUCAGUAUAAUCGGCGAGGUGGACGAACUGAGAUCCUCCAGACUCCUCCAGAACCUCAUGAACAACAGAUUCCAGUCUGAUAACAUGAAUGCCAUCCAGAGAGUGGACUUGCUUCCAGGAAGCGAGGAUCAGCAGCUUAACCUUAAAGAAGACAUCCAGCUACCCGUCACACAUUCUUACGCGCAGGAUGACACGGCUUCACCGAAUGACCAGUCAUCCGAGGAAGACAUGGACUCGUGCAGCGCUGAUGAUGACCCGAAGGACACAGCUGAGGACAGCGACAGCGAAUCAGGCAGCGGCUCGGACAACCUCAGCGACUGGACUCCGCUCUACAAGCCCCAUUUUAGUAGUCAUGGCAACCAGCCGCUCAGAGCCCCGCUGGCGGACACGGAGAAAACCGGCCCCCAGGACAGAGAAACUGCGUGCUACAAAGAGAAGCCAGAGGGCAGAGGUCGCGUGGAGCAGCUCAGGAAGAAAUUCACAGAUAAUCAUCACAACACAUCAACUGCCUCCAAGAAACCGCCCAUACCAGCCAAACCUGCUCAUCUGCAGAAGUGAAGCGCACCGCUGACCCAUUAGGACUCCACGUGUAUCCCUGCUACACAUGACCCCAAAGAGCCUACUCUACUGAGUGUAAUGAGCCCUCUGCAGAAAUAACCACUCUGUUGUACAGCAGCAGCUCAGGCUGAGGCUGCACGCACUGAAAGAAAAGGAUUCUGACUUGAACCCGAGCAGUGAACAAAAAUCCACUUUAUUAGACCUUAUUUCAAGGUCCGAGCUACAGAAAGAGAAACAUCUGGGGGUGGAGUGAGAGAAAGACUUGAAAGCGUUUGGACUGAAGUCAACCUGAAUGAUAAAACUAAGCAGCUUUGAUGUUGAGUUGAAAUUCGAGCUCAGAUACGCUCACACAGCGUCUGUGAUUGACAGGUCGACACAGAGCGUGGUGUCCAGAGAGACGCACGCGAACACAGACUAUUGACUGCCGGUGAAAAACACUGUGGUUUUAUUACUGACAUGUCAUACGCAGGAAAAACUGAUAAAUCACCUGCAUUUUUUUCUUUACUGAUCCAAAGGUGGGAACUAUGUUAAAUGUAGUCCAUGUACCGUAUUACUAUAAUGUUUUUAACUGUGUUGAUUGCUUGUUGGCAAAAUUCUCCUUCAGCGUUUUAGCUGGCGUAAGAGUUUUGGGUUUAAAAGAAAACAACCAAAUUCAUGUUAAAUUAUUAACAGGGUCAUUAUACUCAGUGUACUUUCUACUGUCCCUGACAUUCACUGACAGACACGGACAUGCUCAGGAGGCCUUUCAGGUUUGGUGUCUUGCUCAAGAACAAUUUAACCAGAAGUUUAUGAUGAGGUUGGAAUAUGUGGCAGCAUACACUGCCUUUUUUUCUGUCAGAGCAAAUGUUACCAAUGGAGUAAUGGCCACUCCAGCACACUCGACUUGAAAAGAAACUCUACCUGUCGGAUUCAAAGGGACUAAACUGUGGCUCUUUUUGACAGAACUGCAAGCUCUAGCACGCUAACUAGCAUCAGGUCUCUGAGUUGAUCUACCAAUCCUGUGUCAGGAGUAUAAUGAAAGUGAAUGAUAUUUGAUAGAAGCACUUAUCUUCAUUAGAUGGUGAAUUCUGUCUUUUCUAUUUUUUUCUCUGAAGUUGACAAUAAGACUUUUAGUAAGCUUGGGUGCUUUAAGUCAGCGGUCCCCAACACCCGGACCACAUGGCUCCAGUCUGUGGCUCGUUUGGUUCUGGGCCGUGAGAUAUGAGGCUCGGGUGUGAAACUCAUGGUUUUCAGGCUUUCUAUCGAUUUUUAUUGUUAUUUAUUUUUUUUUUUUUAUCGUUAACUCGGUUUCCCUGGGUCUUUUCCCGUGUGUUAUGAAUAAAUCUUCUUUUUUUGGUCCAUUACUGUUUUUAUUUUGUUGUAUUUAACCACAACACCUUAAAGGCCGAUCCGUGAAAAUAUUGUCGGACAUAAACUGGUCCGUGGUGCAACAAAGGUUGAGGACUGCUGCUUUAAGUAUCUCUGAAUGCUUCAGAGUAACGUUCCUUCAACUUUUACUGUGCAUUAAUUUAUCAGGCUGUCUCUAAAAGUACACAACAGUGUACACUUUAGUAGACCAAAAUAAAAUAAUAUCUAAUAAUUAUAAUAAAAUAACCCAUUUAUACGCUAAUUGUGCCGCACACAGGAAUGAUAUAUUACAUAGGCAUAACUAUUUAGGAUACAAUGACCAAAGUAGUUGAGAGUUAACUUCAAUAACAUUUAAAUUCAAGCAUUUAAAUUUCUCUUUGCCAGGUGUACCAUACUUUUUCAUUGUGUAUCUGUACUUGGCUAAUCUGAAACGACGUCAGGUUCUGUUAGAAAUGCACGUAUGCUCUCAGGAAUUGACCCGUAGCAUGUUGCAGAUAAACAUUAUACUGGAAUUCAGUCAAAAACAUGCUGAACAAUAGUGCACAUGUUGAAUAUAUAGCGUACAAUAAGGGAUUUCAGUUGCAGCAUUAUGAUGAGGAAGGCUAAUAUCUAAACAGCGUUAUUGACAUAAGCAAGUUAGCAUGCUAAUGUUAGCAUCCAGCUCACACCACUGCUCCUCACAGACUUUUGUAGGGCAAAAGAAAUUUGAUGAAUUUGGCCAAAAACUAAAAGUUGUGAUAUUUUAUUUACCUUUUAAUUUGGUUAUUGUCAAAAAACAACAAUAAAAACAGCAAAAAAAACCUACAAAACAAACAUUAGCUUGUUUUUUUGAGGGAGCAUUUAGCCACAUUUGACAUCUGCUGACCUGACAAACUUUUUGUAGUUAAAACAAAUCCAUGUCUUCAUGACUUCAACAUGGCCACAUGCCCAGGAUUGCCGACAGCUGUGGAAGCCACAUAAGUGCACUUUUUUUUUAAACUCGUAUUUGAUAUUUGGACCCAAAGAUGUUAACAUUUCUAUACUUAGCAUCAGAUGAGGUCAGUCAAGAGGGCAUAAUCAGGUGAUGGACUUGGCAGGGAGGGAAAAAAUCCACAUUUUAGCGCUAAAACACUGCUAUGUUUAAGCUCACAGAACUGCAUGGUCAUCAAAUUAGAGGGACUGUGUGUAAAAAUAACUUAUGUUUCUAUGUUGGUCAGGCAAAUUGGAUGUGAACACCCUCCACUGCUUUGACUCAGCACUUUAACCUCAUGGCCAUUGCUUCAUUUCUUUUCCACUGCGCUGGAGUACAGAUCUAAAACAGUGAAAAGCAUCUCCCUGGACAAAUAUUUAUAGGCUCUACUGCAGCUUUACGGGACAUUAGGAGGAA